AUGAGGCAGUCCAUGCUAAUCGGCCUCAUGGUCGCCUUCUUCCGAGCCUCACAAGCUUCCCUGCUAGACUACGCAGGAAAGCUUCCAGAGUGCGGUCUGAACUGUACUCUGGAACAAAUACCGCUCUCGGCGUGCAAGGUCGUGUCGAACGAUACCUGCAUAUGCAGCGAUGAAAAGCUGAGGGCAAGCGUGCAGGCGUGCCUCCUCGAGCGGUGCAAGAGGCUGGAGGCCAUAGAUGUCGCGAGGAUAGAGGCCGAAGCGUGCAAGAGACCGGUCCGCAACCGGAAAGUCGACAUCAUCGCGCCCAUCGUCAUCCAGGCUCUCGGGGCAUUGGCGGUCCCGUUGCGGUUAUAUGCCCGCUGGACAACCAUGCACCGAUUUGAGUCCGACGACCUGAUCAUGAUCUUUUGCGGGCUCCUUUUCAUUGUGUUCGUCACCCUCGGUCAGCUGGAACCCCAAGCCGGCUCAGUCGCAUUCGGGGAAGACAUAUGGAUGGUGGAGCCGGAAGAGCUCACCUUCGGACUCAAGAUCUUCUUCAUCGACGAGAGCUUCUACCUCGCAUGCCUGGGGCUCACCAAGAUAUCGGUGCUCUUCUUCUACCUGCGGAUAUUCCCUAACAAAUCGUUCCGGCGCGCCACCUACGCGGCCAUGACCUACAUCGGGCUGUCGACCACCAUCAUGCUCUUCAUGCAGAUCUUCCAGUGCAUCCCCUUCUCGUUCAACUGGGACGGGUGGAAGGGCGACUUUGGCCCGCACCACUGCCUCAACAUCAACGUGCUGGCCUUCGUCGCCGGCGGGCUCAGCAUCAGCCACGACAUCAUCAUCCUCUUCCUCCCCGUGCCACUGCUAUGGCACCUCAACAUGGGCCUGCGCUCCAAGAUUGGCAUCUUCAUCAUGUUCAGCCUGGGCAUCUUCAUCCUGAUCACGUCGUGCGUGCGCCUGCAGUACAUCGCCCUGUUCACGCGGUCGCUGAACCCGACGUGGGACUUUACGGAUCCGCUCAUCUGGUCGGGUAUCGAGGUGUCGGUGUCGAUGAUCGUCGUGUGCCUCCCCGCGACGCGGGUCCUCUGGAAGCGCAGCCUGCCCAGGUGCUUCAGCUCCAUCGCGACCCUCGAGUUCUCGCCGCCCAAGAGGGAGUCGAGCACGUCGUCGCGGGUCGCGCAGUACUCCAAGUCGAACGCCGGCGGCGGCGGCGGCGACCACCGGAGCAACGAGCAGUCGUCGUCGUUCGACCGAAAGGCGGCGGCGGCCGCGGCGGCGCGGAGGAUCGCCGAGAGGAGGAAACAGUUCUUCUCGUUCCGGUCCACCAACGUCGAGCCGAGCGAGAGCGAGCUGGAGCUGGGCGACAAGGUCCGGGGCGAGGUGCGGACGCAGAUCAGGUACGGGGACGCGGAACCACCCCCCUCCUCCACCUCGAGACGCCGGGGCUCUAUCGAGUCGGGCAUCCACGUGCGCACGACGACCACGUUUGAAGACUUGACGGGUGAGGCCCGCGGAAAACCUUUCUUUUUGCCAUGA